AUGAAGUUCUCCCUCGCUUUGAUCGCGGGCCUUGUUGCCGUGUCCGUCGCCGCCCCCGUUCCCGUUGCCGAGGAGCAGGUUAGUCGUUGGAUCGAGGACCAACGGUCAACUGUACGUAGUGGAAGUUGUGAUGCUGAUCAAGGGCCUUUGUGCAAUUCCUUGUCGCGUCUUGUCACGUGAAGGCACUCGAGCCUCGAUGGUGAGUUUCCUUCCUUGCACGCGAACUUCCGUCGCCCCUCCUUGCAUCUCUCUCGCCUCUUGUUGACCCCACGUUCACUCGCUUCCAUCUUCGAUCUCUCUGCGGUGCUUUCUUCAGGGGACGUGUCGUCUACGGUUCCGAAGCCGCUCCCACGGCUAAGCGAGACCAGAUCGAACCCCGAUGGUCAGUUCACGCUCUCUCCGACACUCGAGGAUUAACAGGCCCUCAUCACCUUAGAUCACUCCGUCUGACCCAACUAUAAUGUCUCUUCCUGCCAGGGGUCGUGUCGUCUACGGCUCUGCUGCUGCUCCUACGGCCAAGCGAGACCAGAUCGAGCCUCGAUGGUGAGUUUGUGCACUCAUCCUUUCCGCCUUAGGCCCCGGGUCUCAUAGAGGACCUCUUCUGACCGUUCAUGGUCCAUCCAUUCUCUAGGGGCCGCGUUGUCUAUGGCGCCGCUCCUACUCCUACGGCCUGA